AUGGCGGAACCAGCCUGGAGCAAUCGAUCGUCCAUCUUGGAGAUUGUCCUCCUGGGAUUCGCGAAGGUCCCUGAACUAGAGGUCCUGCUCUUCCCAUUGUUCCUUGUGGCCUACGUAGUGACCAUGGCCGGCAACAUCCUCAUCAUGGCGCUGGUGGUGGCCGAUCAGCAUCUCCACACCCCCAUGUACUUCUUCCUGGGGAACCUGUCCUGCUUGGAGACCUGCUACAGCUCCGCCAUCCUGCCCAGGUUGCUGGCCAGUCUUCUGACGGGGGACAGGACCAUUUCGGUCCCUGGGUGUAUCGUGCAAUUUUAUUUUUUCGCCUCCUUGGCCGCUACAGAAUGUUGCCUCUUGUCCGCGAUGUCGUAUGACCGGUAUUUAGCGGUGUGCCGACCCUUGCACUAUGCAGCCCUGAUGAAUGGCAGGAUUUGCCUCCAGCUGGCCGCCGGAUCUUGGCUAAGCGGCUGCCUGGCAACUGUCAUCAUAUCGUCCUUGAUGUCCCAACUCGCUUUCUGCAGCCACAAUGAAAUCGACCAUUUCUUCUGCGACUUCACCCCACUCAUAAAACUGGCCUGUAGUGACACCACCCUGAUUCUGGUCCUGGAUUUUCUCCUGGCAUCUCUUUGCACCCUCUUCCCAUUUCUCUUAACCCUGUUGUCCUAUGUUUAUAUCAUCCUCACUAUCUUGAGAAUCCCCUCCACCAGCGGCCGGAAAAAGGCCUUCUCCAUCUGCUCCUCCCACCUCAUCGUGGUCACGAUGUUCUAUGGGACCAUCAUCAUUGUCUACAUGCUCCCAAAAUCCAACACAUUGCGGGACCUAAACAAAGUCUUCUCCGUCUUCUAUUCGGUCCUGACGCCCCUGAUCAACCCCCUUGUCUACAGCCUGAGAAACAAGGAGGUCAAGGAAGCCCUCAACAGGGUAGUCCAUAAAUGCGUGGCUUUCUCAAGAACUUAG